GGGCAAUAUUUGAUGAAUCUGCAAAAAAGGAUGAGGAGGUAUUUCGCAUGGCAGUUUCUGAUCUCAACCAGAAUGAUGAAAUCCUACAGACGGAGAAAAUCACAAUUUCUGUGAAUUUUGUGGAUGGCAACAACCCAUUCCAGGCAGUUCAAGAAG